GUCCUGGACGCGAAAGUUCAGCCCUGCGUGCCUUCUCAGGGGCUUCCAUUCAUUCUGGGCCAAAAGGCAACUGCGGACCCCGCUCCCAAACUGUUGUAGUUUCGCGGACCGAUUGUUGGGAGGAGGCUGUCCUCGAGUGAAGGGACCACCUGGCUGACAGACCUAGGGAUGGAGGAGAGAAGGGACAGAGAUGAACAGUUCUGGGCCUGGGAGCGUCUUGUCCUCGGGCGAGGGUCUGGGGACCCUGAAUGAAAUUUUGGCACUGCCCGAACCAGCCGAGCGGCCGGAGACGCGGGCCCCGGGGGCGUCGCGGGCUCAACCCCAGGAUGCUCCCCUUCGCCUCCUGCCUCCCCGGGUCUCUACUGCUCUGGGCGCUGUUGCUGCUGCUUUUGGGGGCAGCGUCUCCCCAGGAUUCCGAGGAGCCCGACAGCUACACGGAAUGCACAGAUGGCUAUGAGUGGGACCCCGACAGCCAGCACUGCCGGGAUGUCAACGAGUGCCUGACCAUCCCUGAGGCCUGCAAGGGGGAGAUGAAAUGCAUCAACCACUAUGGGGGCUACCUGUGCCUGCCCCGCUCAGCUGCCGUCAUAAAUGACCUGCAUGGCGAGGGACCGCCACCACCAGUGCCCCCCGCUGAACACCCCAACCCCUGCCUACCAGGCUACGAACCUGACGAGCAAGAGCGCUGUGUGGACGUGGACGAGUGUGCCCAGGCCUUGCACGACUGCCGCCCCAGCCAGGAGUGUCAUAACCUGCCCGGCUCCUACCAGUGCACCUGCCCCGACGGCUACCGCAAGAUUGGGCCUGAAUGUGUGGAUAUAGAUGAGUGCCGUUACCGUUACUGCCAGCACCGCUGUGUCAACCUGCCCGGCUCCUUUCGCUGCCAGUGCGAGCCAGGCUUCCAGCUGGGGCCCAACAACCGCUCCUGCGUAGAUGUGAACGAAUGUGACAUGGGGGCUCCAUGUGAGCAGCGCUGCUUCAAUUCCUACGGGACCUUCCUGUGUCGCUGCCACCAGGGCUAUGAGCUGCAUCGAGAUGGCUUCUCCUGCAAUGAUAUCGACGAGUGCAGCUACUCCAGUUAUCUCUGCCAGUACCGCUGUGUCAACGAGCCUGGCCGCUUCUCCUGCCACUGCCCGCAGGGCUACCAGCUGCUGGCCACGCGCCUCUGCCAAGACAUUGAUGAGUGUGAGUCGGGCGCGCACCAGUGCUCUGAGGCCCAAACCUGUGUCAACUUCCACGGGGGCUACCGCUGCGUGGACACCAACCGCUGCGUGGAGCCCUACAUCCAGGUGUCUGACAAUCGCUGCCUCUGCCCGGCCUCCAACCCCCUGUGCCGGGAGCAGCCCUCGUCCAUCGUGCACCGCUACAUGAGCAUCACCUCGGAGAGGAGUGUGCCCGCGGAUGUGUUCCAGAUCCAAGCGACCUCUGUCUACCCUGGCGCCUACAAUGCCUUUCAGAUCCGUGCGGGAAACUCGCAGGGGGACUUCUACAUUAGGCAAAUCAACAAUGUCAGCGCCAUGCUGGUCCUCGCCCGGCCUGUGACGGGCCCCCGGGAGUACGUGCUGGACCUCGAGAUGGUCACCAUGAACUCCCUCAUGAGCUACCGGGCCAGUUCUGUACUGAGACUCACCGUCUUCGUGGGGGCCUACACUUUCUGAGGAGUGGGUGGGGAGCCCUCAGGGAGGGAGAGGCUUCCUGCAGCCGAAGAGCUUGGGGCUCAGGGAUGACUGUGCUCGCUGCAAGGGCAGAUGCUGUUGUGAAGAGUAGAAAGAGAAAGGCAAUAAAGGGAGAAAGAAGGA